CCCGGACGCUUCAGAGCAAGAACGCACUCUUAUGGGCAGAUGAAGAUUUGUGAUAUUAAGACACCAGGUCAGCCACAGACUGGGAGGACCACGAUGCAGCAUCGGGCAUAUCAACCCCUUCUUCCCCCUGAAAACAAAUAUCCGCAGCAGAAAUGGGACAAGGCUUCAUAUGAUUUACACAGGGAAAAGGUGAAGUUAGCUAAACCAACAAUAAGCACAACUCCACCGAGGACCUAUGGUCACCUGUCUGUCAAGCUGAAAACCAAGAAGCUUGAAGAGGAAUGGACAAUGAAGAUUCAGAGGGAAAACAAUAUUCUCAUGGAGAAAAUAUCAAACAUCAUGAGGACAACUGGUGAAGUCGACAACAGGAAUUAUUAUGAAAGAAAAAGCCUUGGCAAGGAGAAGCGACAGCUGGAGUUUCUCCGCAUUACAAAGGAGAAUCAAAUGAUACUGUUCCAUCUGAGCCAAUGCAGGUCUCACUAUAAUGUGAGGAGCUGGCAUGAGGACUGGCUCAAAACUCUCAAGGUGAUGGACAGAAUUGCACGUUACCCACGAGGAAGGACAGAUCAGCAAAAGGGACAAGAAAAGCGCUGUGAUCGUAGUAAAGAAAAAAAGACUGGUGCAACCACACACAGCCCUGGCAACGCAGAAUCUGUGCAAAAAAUAAAGAGGAAAGAAACUGACGAGAAUGAAGGAACAGAGAUACAGCAGGACAUGUCUACAUAUCCUCAACCAAAUACACCAGAGAAAUCCAUCUUACCAGAUACACCUGAGAAUCCAAGUUCUUCUGACACCAUUCAAAUUACAGCAGAUAACCCCCCUCACAUUGCUGAAACAUUCUCCUCUUUUGAUGGAUCUGAAAUGUCCAGCACUCCUCACACACCUAAAACACUUGUGCAGGAGACUCCAUGUCCUGCAGAGGGAUAACAUGCCUUCUUUUGACAAACUCGUGUUUUUCCGCACCUUGUCAUCCCAUCACAUCUUAUUGUCAAUGUAUCUUAUUUUCUCUUUAUGACUAGCGUUCUUAUUGCCACUAGUGCUUUUAAUGGCUGAGCAGACCCGUUCUCUUUCAUUGUACCGUUGUCCCUGUGUUAACCUACACAUGACUAAUAAAAGUAAAACUGAACUUUCAAAAAGAAGGUUUAAUCUACAGAGUAACUGGACCUAUAUACUGUAUGGUAUUCUAAAAUAGAGCAGUAAUAGUACUUUGUAUAG